AUGAAUCUACUGGAUGGACUGUUCAGAUCCUCCAAUAAUUGCACCAUGAAAGAGAUGCUUGCGUACCCUGUAUUUAUAUGGCAAAUUCCAUGUGGAAGCGUUUCAAUUAACAAGAAGGGAGGACUUGUUGUUGGUAACAGCACGGCGAAAAAUAUACGCGCCAAUUGUCAGUAUUUGGACAAUACGUAUAGCCACCGCUAUAUGAUAUUUAAUUUUUCACCUCUCAUGAUGGAUCUCGAGGAAGCGUGUAAAUAUGGUGAGUUAAUGGACUAUUCAAAGCAAUCUAUCGAGGAUUUUAGACUACUGAUGGAGCUCUGCUUUACUAUUAUGAAAUGGACAUUGGCCGCUGAUCAGCAGGACCACUACGCGGUGCUGACUUUUCUCGAGGAGAGCCGUUCUGUGCCGCACCCGAACUAUGCUGCGAUGAUAGCCACCUGUUACCACAUAUUUGCGGGUGGACAGUCAAAUGGUGGGAGCUACACACUUGAGUUUAUGGAAGGACAGUUGGGCAUUCGCCGCAGUAUGUACCAUGCGGCCUCUCAGGAAAGCUACGUGAACUACUUCCAGCUCCUUUUGGACCUCCCAAUUGUGCCCAACACGCAGCGGCUACGACUGACGCGGGUCUCACUGCACAAUAUGGACCUGAAGGGUGUCAAACUCGGCCUGCAUGUUGAGUAUGAGGGCAAAACAUCUGUCUUUAGUGACCCCACUGCGUGGGUGGAGGAGGUGGAGAAUGAGGAAGAUGGCACUGUGCGGCUUUCACUCAACACACAGGUGUGUCUUUUUGGUGACUUUUCCGUUUCGCUGCUGCGUUACGAACCCCUGCCACCGCCCCUACAAGGGCAUGGAGAGCCACCGAGGAGAGUACGCUUGCUUGCCCGCUGUGCGUUCAGUACGGUGUUUCUCCACCAGGAGACUCAUCAAAUUCGUGCCCGAGAUAUGGAUUAUGCCACACAAAAUAACCUCCCAAGCGAUUCCUUCAUGUUGCUACACUUUGAAAAAGUGGAUCCUCUAUCAGGGGAUGAUGCGUAUAUUGGACAAAUAACGCAACGCGUUGAACAGUCCCCACGGCACCAGAUGUUUCUUCUUGGGCCUGACCCUCUUCCCUCAUCAAAUCGCUAUAAUAAUUAUGCCAGUAGUAAUCGGGACGAUGACUACUCUACGAAUGGUGCCCGCUGUCGAGCUGAUGAAAUGUGCCGUCAGAAUUGUGUCUGUGGAGAAAACAUAGACCGCCCAUUGUCGCGCACUAUAACUCUGGUGACUCUCCCGGAAGAGGAAAAACGGCGUUCCCAAGAAGAUUAUGAGGUGGUGUCCUUACCUGAUAAAAAUAAGGAUAUACAGCAGAGUGAAUCUUCUAAUAAUGUGACAUGCGAGUCUUUGGUAACACCAUCCGUGACUACUGGCAAUGGAGUAUCUUUACCCUCUUAUGGACCUACUACACGACUUAGUAGAUCAGAAAGAAGACGACAACGUGGAAUACGUUUUCGAAGACGUGGUGGUUAUUAUGGUUAUCGUGACUAA